AUGUCAACAAUAACAACAAAAACUAUUGAUGGUAAAGAAAUUGCUAAAAAUAUACGUGAAAAAUGUCGUUUAAUGCUUGAUGAACUUCGUAAACAAGAAAAUAAUUUUACACCAGGUUUUGCUGUUGUUCAAGUUGGUAAUCGAGAAGAUUCAAAUGUUUAUAUUCGACAUAAAUUAAAAGCAGCCGAAGAAAUUGGUAUUCAAGCUCGUCUUGUUCGUCUUGAUCCUUCAACAACAGAAAGACAAUUAGUUCAACAAAUUGAACAACUUAAUGGUGAUCCAUCAAUACAUGGUAUUAUUGUUCAAUUACCAUUUGAUUCUGUUCAAACAAUUGAUGCUAAUCGUAUUGCAAAUACAAUUUCACCAGAUAAAGAUAUUGAUGGAUUAUCAGAUCUUAAUGCAGGACUUUUAUCACAUGGAAAUUUAGAUAAAUGUUUUGUUCCAUGUACACCAUAUGGUUGUUUAGAAUUGAUUCGAUCAACAGGCACACAAAUUGAAGGAGCAACAGCUGUUGUUGUUGGUCGAAGUAAAAUAGUUGGUACACCAAUGUUUGAAUUACUUAAACAUAAUAAUGCAACUGUAACGACAUGUCAUUCGAAAACAAAAAAUAUUCCAGAGAUUAUUAAAACAGCUGAAAUUGUUGUUGCUUGUUUGGGUAAACCAAAAUUCAUUCAAGGUUCAUGGCUUAAAGAAAAAGCUGUUGUUAUUGAUUGUGGUAUUACAUCAGUACAAGUUGAAAAUGGUAAAAGUCGUCUAUUCGGUGAUGUUGAUUUCGAAUCAUGUCAAGGUAUUGCUUCUUGCAUAACUCCAGUUCCUGGUGGUGUUGGUCCAAUGACUGUUGCUAUGCUCAUGCUUAAUACAAUUACUGCUGCUCAACGUUAUUUAAAUUCUUAUUCAACAUCACAAUGGAAAUCUAUGACAUAUUUACCACUUACACUUGAAACACCUGUACCAUCUGAUUUAGAUAUAGCAAAAAAACAAAUUCCAAAAGAUAUUAAACAAUUAGCACGUGAAAUUCAUUUACAUGAUAAUGAACUUGAAUUAUAUGGAACAAAAAAAGCUAAAAUAAAACUUAAUGUACUUGAACGUUUAAGAAAUGCAUCAAAUGGAAAAUAUGUUGUUGUUUCUGGUAUUACACCUACACCAUUAGGUGAAGGAAAAAGUACAACAACAAUUGGUCUUUGUCAAGCACUUGGUGCACAUUUAAAAAAAAAUGUUAUCGGUUGUUUACGUCAACCUAGUCAAGGACCAACAUUUGGUAUCAAAGGUGGUGCAGCCGGUGGUGGUUAUUCUCAAGUCAUUCCAAUGGAAGAAUUCAAUUUACAUUUAACCGGUGAUAUUCAUGCAAUAACAGCUGCAAAUAAUUUAUUAGCAGCUCAAAUUGAUGCACGAAUGUUUCAUGAAAAUACACAAACUGAUCAAGCUUUAUUUAAUCGUCUUGUACCAACAGUUAAUGGUAAACGAACAUUUUCACAAAUACAACAAAAACGUAUAAAUAAAUUAAAUAUUAAUAAAACUGAUCCAGCAACAUUAACUGAUGAUGAAAUACGAGCAUUUGUACGUUUAAAUAUUGAUCCAUCAACAAUAACAUGGCAACGAGUUAUUGAUACAAAUGAUCGUUUCUUACGUAAAAUUACUAUUGGACAAGCAUCAACAGAAAAAAAUUUUACACGAGAAACUAAUUUUGAUAUAACUGUUGCAAGUGAAAUAAUGGCUGUUUUAGCAUUAACAACUUCACUUGCUGAUAUACGUGAACGAUUAGGUCGAAUGGUUGUUGCAUCUAGUCGAGAUGGUGUACCUAUUACAGCUGAUGAUCUUGGUGUUAGUGGUGCAUUAGCUGUACUUAUGCGUGAUGCAAUUAAACCAACAUUAAUGCAAACAUUAGAAGGUACACCAAUUCUUGUACAUGCUGGACCAUUUGCAAAUAUUGCUCAUGGAAAUUCAUCAAUUUUGGCUGAUCAAAUCGGCUUAAAACUUGUUGGAUCUGAAGGAUAUAUUGUUACUGAAGCUGGUUUUGGUUUUGAUAUUGGUUGCGAAAAAUUUAUGGACAUUAAAUGUCGUUAUUCGGGUUUAAUACCAAAUUGUGUUGUACUUGUUGCAACAAUGCGUGCAUUAAAAGUUCAUGGUGGUGGACCAAAAGUUGAAGCAGGUUCACCAUUACCUCCUGAAUAUUUACAAGAAAAUUUACCAUUACUUGAACGUGGAACACAAAAUUUAAUUAAACAAAUUGAAAAUGCAGGAUAUUUUGGUGUACCAGUUGUAGUUGCAAUCAAUAGAUUUAAAACCGAUACACAAGCAGAAAUUGAUUUAGUUAAACGUUUAGCAAUUGAAAAUGGAGCUUUUGAUGCUGUUAUGGCUGAUCAUUGGGCAAAAGGAGGAAGUGGUGCAAAAGAUUUAGCUAGUGCAGUAGAAAAAGCAUGUUUACAAAAACCUGAUUUUAAAUUUUUAUAUGAAUUACAAUUACCUAUUGAAGAAAAAAUUCGUAUUAUUGCAAGAAAAAUUUAUGGUGCUGAUGAUAUACAACUUUCUGAAAUAGCUCAAAAACGUAUUAAUUUAUUUACACAACAAGGUUUUAAUGAUUUACCAAUAUGUAUGGCUAAAACACAUCUUUCACUUUCACAUGAUCCAUCAUUAAAAGGUUGUCCAAAAAAUUUUAUUUUACCUAUACGUGAUAUACGUGCUAGUAUUGGUGCUGGUUUUCUUUAUCCAUUAGUUGGUGAAAUGUCAACCAUUCCAGGUUUACCAACACGUCCAUGUUUUUAUGAUAUUGAUAUUGAUCCAGUAACUGAAGAAAUUUAUGGACUUUUCUAA